CAUUCGAAUCAAUCCGCCAUGCAACAUUCAAGAGCUUUUAUUCUCAUAGCACUGCUGGUUUGUCUAUGCCAACAAGUCGCCUCUCUUGCAAUCGACGUCCGUGCAAAUACCCAAGAAUGCUUCUUUGAAGAAUUAGAUGUUGGCGACAAGAUGACCGUUACAUUCCAGGUUGGCGAUGGUGGUAAUUUGGACAUUGAUUUCGGGAUAUAUGAUCCAGCAGAGCGCACCAUCAGAAGCGGUCUUCGCGAAUCAACUGGUACUCACGAAAUCACCGCCAGCUUGAAGGGAAGACACACCUACUGCUUUAGCAACCAGAUGUCUUCCGUCUCUGAUAAAUCUGUUAGUUUCAACGUCCACGAUCUUCAAAAGCAACUAGCUGAUUCAGCUGUCAUUGAUCCAUUGGAGAGAGAAAUUCGUGAAUUGGCAGAGUCCAUGUCGGCUGUCAAGGACGAGCAAGAGUACAUUGUCAUCCGCGAACGUCAGCACCGUGACACUGCGGAAAGCACUAACUCCCGUGUUAAGUGGUGGUCAUUGGGCCAGCUUGCUUUGCUUGUUGCUGUUUGCUUCUGGCAAAUUUUCUAUCUUAAGAGAUUCUUCGAAGUCAAGCGUGUAGUAUAGAUGGUGCUUGCCAAGCAAGAAAAAAAAAUGUAAUGUUCAUUUUAACCCUCCACCAAAAAACCAAAAU